AUAAAUAAGCCAGUCUACUUCAGUCAGUCAUAGAGAAAAACUGUAUCAGCAAGAACCAGUUAUGAAUGUUUGUUUCGCUUUGAUUUUGAUAGUAGUGGCUAGUGUAUGCAUUCCCGUGAACUCGUAUUCACACUUAAAUGAGGACAUGAAUAAAGUGUCAGUAAAGAAAACUAAGGACGGAUGGCAAUGUGGCGGAAUAAUGUGCCCCAAAAAGUUUACAGCUUAUUGUACAGUGACUAAAAUUUUGCAGCCAACUGAAAAAGUUCACACCGAACUUCUUAUUUUAUGCAUGGAUAAAAACAAUAAAGCAAAGUGCGGCAUAACGCGAACUCGAAAAGGCGUUAUAAGGGAACUUUUAGAAGCGGACGAAGAUGGAAAUACGCAAUAUGCAUUAGUAGAGAGUAUUUCGGUCGAGGAUGGGACAAGGAUUCCAAGGUGCCCAUUUGUACCUCCGAUUCGGUCGUAGUGAUCACACAAUUUCACACAAAUAUGUAUAUUUUAUUCGACACAUGUUAGAUAACUUCUAAAUAUUAUGCACUAUAAAAAUAAAUAUAUAUUUUGUGACAACCAA